GAGUGUAGAUAAUCAUGAAAAAAUCGGGAGGAACUGUGAUAAGCCAACGGUGUUUUUCUGCUCACGCCCCUCUAACCGACCUAUUUAGACAGUCCCUACAGCUUUUAGACUUCGUUUCCCAUAAUGCCCCUGCGCUCGCCCUUGUCGAAUCUCAAUGGGUAACCUAACGUUGAGUACGAGUUGCUUAUAGGGCGAAAACAUAACAGCAUGGUCAAGUCAGUGUUAAGCUGAAUUUGAGUUCAAGGAACACAGUAUCCUCAAUACCAAGAGACCUAUUUACAAAGAAUCGAGUUUACUGUUAGCAUCAACAAAUUUGUUGACAAGAAUAACACUAGUGUAGCAGCAAGCUAAUAGCUAACUGACGUUAUUUACCCUCUUAUUUUAGCUAACUUGACUUAGAAACAGCCCUCGAAGAUCCUGCCAACCACUCGAGAAAGCACAUCAAGUGAGGGCUGCCGAAACAUCUUCCUGCUGGUGUACAAUCUACAAGCGCUUGGUGUUGAUGUUCGCCUGGUGAUCGAAUUCAUGAGCGUGCUCAGUGACAGUCGUGUGUAGUCCUCGGGGAUGGGGAGUGGAGUCCAGGAACAACGGGCAUCACUUACGCAGGGAGAAGUGCAGCCACUGGCUUCCUGCAGCCAAUCAGAAGUGAGCUAUGAGGGUCUGAAGCGCACUCGGUCUGUUCUCAACUCGCUUUUCUCAGGGGCUGUAGCAGGAGCUGUGGCCAAGACAGCUGUUGCCCCACUGGACAGAACAAAAAUAAUCUUCCAAGUGUCGUCAGCGAGAUUCUCUGCAAAGGAGGCCUACAGGUUGAUCUACCGCACCUACCUGAAGGAUGGCUUCUUCAGUCUGUGGAGAGGGAACUCGGCCACCAUGGUGCGUGUCAUCCCCUACGCUGCCAUCCAGUUCUGUGCACAUGAGCAGUACAAGAGGCUGCUGGGAGGUUACUAUGGCUUUCAGGGGACAGUUCUGCCUCCAAUACCGAGGUUACUGGCCGGGUCUAUGGCUGGUAUUACGGCAUCCAUGAUGACCUAUCCUCUGGAUAUGGUGCGAGCUAGGAUGGCUGUAACGCCAAAGGAAAUGUACAGUAACAUUCUGCAUGUAUUUAUGCGGAUUUCUCGAGAAGAGGGCCUGAAGACAUUGUAUCGAGGUUUUACUCCCACAAUGUUGGGUGUUGUCCCCUAUGCUGGUCUCAGCUUCUUUACCUAUGAGACUCUAAAGAAAUUACAUGCAGAGCACAGUGGCCGCCCGCAGCCCUACUCAUAUGAACGUCUGGCAUUUGGGGCCUGUGCAGGUCUCAUUGGCCAGUCAGCGUCUUACCCUCUAGAUGUGGUACGACGGCGCAUGCAAACCGCAGGAGUCACUGGUCACACGUAUGGCACCAUCCUGGGCACCAUGAAGGAGAUUGUGUCUGAGGAGGGGGUCAUUCGUGGACUCUACAAAGGCCUUAGUAUGAACUGGGUCAAAGGGCCCAUUGCAGUUGGGAUCAGCUUCACCACCUUUGACCUUACUCAGAUUCUUCUGAGGAAGCUGCAUCAGAUGGGUUAUAUAGCUUGAUAAUAGUAAUGCAGUGCAGAAACGGGAUGGCACAAGAUCCCCUUGAGUCAUCUGAGGACAAACAAAGAGGGGGAAGUGACAGAGUGGAAAUAGAAGCAAACACACACUGGCUCAGAAUGUGUGGGUGAUAAUGUCUACUCUCGCCUUAUCAGUGUGCAACGAUGGAUGUAGACAUGAGGUAUGUAGGGUGGUACUGUGUACUUUGUCCUUGUCAUGUAAGUGCAAUAUGCUAAGUGAUUUUUUUUUGUUUGUUUGUUGUUUUUUUUUUGUGCGUGUGUAUGUGGACAUGUAGAUUUUAAUGCUCCAGGCCUCUGACUGUAUUUGUCAACCAGAGUUCAGAGUCAUACACACUGAGGUCUCCCAGUUGCCUUGUGUGUCUGCUUUAAACAGACACCUUCAAAUGCAAUACAGGUUGCCACUUGUUUGUUACUGACUUUUAAGAUGACUUUGAUUUAAUAAGUGUUAAAUGUGCCCCCUUGAGAUUUGUUUUGUUGUGUGACUGAGUUUGUUUUGAUCGAUUAUACCAAUAGUUAGGAUGUGAGCUUGCUGCAGAUUAUAUGAAGUUAGCGAUAUUGGUGUAGCACAAAGGCAGAGCUCUUUCCUAGCACACAGGGAACGGGAUUGUUAGUUUUUGUUUGAGUUGAAUAUACUGAAAUCAGUUUGUGUCCACUGGAGCUCCUGAAGGUGGAAUUUACAGACUAUGAUUUGUAAUUAAGCUACUGUUCUGCCAGCAGACAGAUGAUCUAUAUUUGAUGCUAGUGCCAACAGAUCGAACUUAUAAACAGUGCGCAUAGUAUUUCAUUUGUUCGCUAUAAUUAUAUUAUAGAUUCUUUAAAUUGCUGUCAGUUGUGAUAGUUGAGUUAUUUUGAUUUAUCGGUACAGGUGAUUAGACAGAUUUUAGUCAGAAAAAAUGUACUAAUCAAGAAUACCAUCUGAAAGUGACAGUUUCAGUUGAACCUCACACAUUGACAUGCAGUCAUACCACCUUGACUGGUAAUUUUCCACAUGUGAAGUCAUAUAUGUAGGAACACCGGUCAGAACUUUGGACCAACCUUCUUUUUCAGUGGUUUCUCUUUUCUGAAUUGUUUAUUACUACCAAUUGAGUAAUACUACAUCAAAAUUAUGAGGUAAUGUAUGCAAUCUGUAGUAAGGGGAAAAAAAACAAAAUAUUCCAUGUAGCCACCGUUUGUCUUGAUGACAAUUUUGCACACUGUUGGCAGCUUCAUGAGGUGGUAGUCGCCUAAAGUGGAUUUUCCUUGCAGUGGAUCUAGAAAGUAUUCACAGCGCUUAACUUUUUCCGCAUUUUGUUAGGUUA